UUUACAUGCAACAUCUUGGGAGUGGGAGUGCAAAUGGGUAGUGGAGCUGAGAGCCUUAGCAUUUUAAAUUUUUCCAUGUUCUUCUUAUUCAUUUUCAGCUUGCUUCCGUCGCAUUUUUAUUGUGCUGAAGUUGAAGUUUAUAACAUAACUCCUUCCCAACCAUUAGCACAUGGACAAAUUCUUGUCUCCUAUGGCCGCAUUUUCGAAUUGGGUUUCUUCAGUCCCAAUGGUUCUGCUAAUAAGUAUGUGGGGUUAUGGCACAGGAAUGUACUUCCGCAUAAAGUAGUGUGGGUGGCCAACAGAGAAAAUCCUCUUGCAGUUGAAGACACCCUGGCUACUUUGAGAGUUAGCAGCAAUGGGAAUCUGGAGCUUAUAGACGGGAAGCAGAUACCUGUCUGGUCAACCAGUACUACUUUCCAGGUAACAUCAUCUAAUACUAGUUCAGUUGCUGCAUAUCUUUUGGACACAGGAAACUUCGUUGUCAAAUAUAGUGGCAAUCUAUUGUGGGAGAGUUUUGAUUACCCUGCUGAUACAAUCCUACAAGGCCAGCUGCUGGGAUUUGAUAGCAAAUCUGGAACAAAGAAUGUCAUGACUUCCUGGAAAAGUGAAAGCGAUCCAUCAACUGGGAAGUAUUUGGUUGGACUGACACCUGAGACACCAUCACAAGUGUUCAUUUGGAUCAAUGGAUCAAUUCCCCAUUGGAGGAGUGGGCCUUGGGAUAGAUCAAAGUUCAUUGGCAUACCCGAUAUGGAUGAUCGAUAUGGAAGUGGAUUUAGUUUACUUGAGAAUUUAACAGCAAAGUAUUUCUCUUAUAGUUUUUCUGACAGUAGUCUCGCAUAUUUAGACAUCUCUUCAGAAGGAAUAUCAAAGCUUAUGCUGUCAGAAAGUGGCAAGAACUGGUAUCCAAACUUCACUGCACCAAAUAAUCCAUGCGAUAAUUAUGGAGCAUGUGGACCUUUUGGUAUUUGCAAAGCUUUUGAGUCUUCAAUGUGCAAGUGUUUGAAAGGGUUUGUACCAAAGUCAGAUGAGGACUGGAGCAAAGGAAACUGGACAGGAGGUUGUGUGAGGCAAAACAAAUUGUAUUGUCAAAGGAACAAAAGCAAGUCAUUCUCAUUGAGGACUACAGAAGAUGAUGAUUGGUUCAAGAAGAUGACUAUGUUGAAAGUACCAGAUUCUCAUGAAUUUGUUGUUACAUCUUUGGAUGUUGACAACACGCAUGGUGCCUGCGAGAGACGGUGCCUAAACAAUUGUUCUUGCCUGGCUUAUGCAUUUGUAAAUAAAAUAGGGUGUUUGGUUUGGUCCAAAGACCUUAUUGACAUACAACAGUUUUCGUUUGGCGGAGAAGAUCUAUAUAUUCGGCUAGCAGAAGCAGAACAAGGUGAAGGAAAGCCAAUAAAGUUAAUUACCACCCUUACAGCUAUUUGUUCUAUCACUAUCUUGGGGGCAAUAGUGUAUGGUUGGCAUAGGCUUGGAGCUGACCGAAAAGGAAAACAUUUGGAAUUAACUGAUUCGAUUCUUUCUUCGAGAGAUGCUCUUCGAGGUUAUAUAGGACGAUCUGAUCUAUCAGAGCUAUUGAUCUAUGAUUUUGAUAUUAUAUCGACUGCUACAAACAAUUUCAACAUCACAAACAAACUCGGGCAAGGAGGCUUUGGCCCAGUUUAUAAGGGUUUGCUUCCAGAUGGGAAGGAAAUUGCGGUAAAAAGACUAUCUAGCAGCUCAGGACAAGGCAUUCAAGAAUUCAAGAAUGAGAUGUUGUUCAUUUCCAAUCUUCAGCACAAAAAUCUUGUUAGGCUCUUGGGUUGCUGCAUUAAACAUGAGGAGAAGUUACUGAUUUAUGAAUUCAUGGCAAACAAAAGCCUCGAUACUUUUUUGUGCGAUCAAACGAGAAAGAAAGUGCUUGAUUGGGCUACACGCUUUAACAUUAUCCAAGGUGUUGCUAGAGGGCUUCUUUAUCUUCAUCAUGAUUCCUGUUUGAAGGUGGUACAUAGAGAUUUGAAAGUCAGCAACAUUCUCUUGGAUGACAAAAUGAUCCCAAAAAUUUCAGAUUUUGGAUUGGCACGUGUAAUUGAAGCAACUCAGAAUCUAGAAAAUACUCGGAGGAUUGUGGGAACAAUUGGUUAUAUGUCUCCAGAGUAUGCCAUGAGGGGGUUAUUUUCCGAAAAAUCUGAUGUCUACAGCUUUGGGGUCUUGGUCUUGGAAAUUAUUAGCAGCAAGAAGAAUAGUAGUUUCUUUAUCCAUGACCAACAGCUAGGCUUGCUAUCCUAUGUAUGGCAAUUAUGGAAUGAAGGCAGGGGGUUGGAGUUAGUAGAUGAAGUAUUUGGUGAUUCAUAUUCACCAUCACAGGUGAUGAGAUGUAUUCAUAUUGGGCUUCUUUGUAUACAAGACAACGCAGCGGAUAGGCCAACUAUGCAUGAUGUUAUUUGCAUGCUAAAUAGUGAGACAGAUGCUUGUUCAAAACCUAAGCAGCCUGCUUACACUUUCCAAAACUCAGUAUCUCAAUUUAAACCACAUGAUGUUGAUACUCGCUCUACUAAUGAUGUAGCCACCAUAACAGUGAUGGAGGGACGAUAGGCAAUAACGAAUUGGUGAAUUGCAGUAUCAUUAGAAUGAAAUAUAUCGAAUGUUGCUAAUUAUUCGGUGCUUUCAUUCAGUAAAAGAUGUUUGGCAAGAGGAAUUUGUACUCUGUUCAUUCCUUUUAAAAUUGAUGAGUACUAUUUUUCAGCUAAU